UUUAGAAAACCAUCUUUAAAAAAGAUUUAAAUAAUUCACCGGGACAUAAACACUUCUAAAAUCCAUCUAGAAUUUCGCGCGGAAGUUAAAGCAAUAAUAAAAAAAUUUAAAACACAAAAAAGUGCCUCUAAUAAAAAGUUGACAUCAUAAUUUGUACAUAAAGAAUAUGAAUAAGUAAAAAGCUAAAUUAAAAUAUGUGAAAAAAAUUCAUCAAAUCAAAUCAACAAAAUUUAUCGAUGGCAUUUUUGGAAAAUGUACUAUACUCAAACAUUUGAAGCCUUAAAUUAAGCAAGAAGAUUGAAAAAAAAAAAUAAAUAAAAAAAAUAAUUGUGUUACUCGUGUAAUACUGAUAGUGUAGGCGUUCGACAAAAAUUCAAAUUGGAUUCAUCUGCAUUCUCUGCCAAGCUCUGUAAAUAUGGGGGAUCAGCAAUAUGUCCUGAGAUGGAACAAACAUCACGAGAAUCUUAGUAAUGGAGUCAUCAAAUAUUUUAAGCGGGAACUUAUGUGUGAUGUCACAAUAACAGUUGGUCCUGGACAGAAACUUAAAGCACAUCAAGCGAUUCUGUCUGCAUGUAGUCCAUAUUUCGAGAGCAUCUUCACCGAAAAUACUCACCAAAACGUAACAGUAAUGAUGGUUAAUGUGGAUCAUGAGAUACUGACGGCAAUAAUAGAAUAUAUGUACAAGGGAGAAGUAAAUAUAGCUCAAAAACUACUACCGGAUUUCCUCAAAACGGCUGCACAUUUUCAAGUAAAAGGACUUGUAGAUCCCGAAAACAUCGGUCACAAUUCCGAAUACGAUCAGCAUUUAACAUCAGCAUCACCACCGUCCGAAAAUAAUAUAUCAAGGCACCUAGAGUCGCGAUUAUUCAAUAGACCAUUAAUUUCGGAACGAUAUGAUAAUGAGAACGAAUCAGAUUCAAUGAAUAAAGACUAUGAUUCAAUAAAUGAUAUUGAGAAUCGAGCGGAAUUGUCGCCAAAUUUCGAUGAUCACAUAAGAAAAAGACGUAAAGACUCAAACUGUGAUAAUAAUUCGUUACCACAAAAACGUCUUCAUCGUACUCCUUCAGAGUCCCAUGCAUCCUCGCAUAGUAGUUAUAAAAUUAGUCCAUUGCCAAAGUCAAAUUCGAAUGACAUUGAUACAUCGGAGGGAAAGAGGAAGUCACCAAGCGACCAUGCCAAUAUAUUACCACAUCAGCCUAGUAUUAAACAAGAGGAGCGGGAGUCGGAUGUAGCGGGAUCGCCACAAGUGCAUUUAUCUUCAAAUCCUUUAAAUUCUAUGUACACGAUUAGUCGAGUGGUUGUGACAAGUGAUAAAGAUAAUUCCAAAGUGCCACAAAAUGUAAAGCAAUCAGCAAAUCUAUACGAUCAACAAAUUGAAAUGACACCAAUGAUAUCGAUGACAACAAAUUUAUCUGACGAGACGGAAAAGAAAUUCACAAAAUUUCUUCAUGAGACAACAAAACUCUUUUACGGGACGAGUAGUAAAGUACAAAAUUUUGCAUCGACAUCAAGCAUGUCGACGCCAUCUAAUACAUCAACAUCACGUAAAACUGGACGCUUUCGACCGAAUUGGUUGGAACAAUUUAAAUGGUUGAAAUAUGAUGAAAUCAAUAAUACAAUGUACUGCAUUUAUUGUCGUAAAUGGAGCUACGAUAUACCUGACAUACGUACAUCCUUCGUUGAAGGCAAUUCAAAUUUUCGUUUAGAGAUUCCUGGGUCAGGAAUUCCACAACCGCCAUUUCACCAAGGUCAAGUCGACAUCUUAAAUAGUGUAGGACUUCAUGCCAACAGUGAGCCUGAGAAUGAGCAUCCUAUUCCCCACAUAGAGCCCGGAAACGAAAUCGAUGGUGAUCGAAGUAGCAUGAGUUAUCAUCCGAUGGCGUCACGCGGUCACCACGUUAAUGCAGGCAGUAAUUUUUUGGGAGGUCCGUACGGAAAUCACAGUGGCAUAAUACAGAAUUUUUUAACAAAUGGACAAACAACUCGGGGUAGUACAGGGUCGGCAUCAACACGUCGUGAUCAUAACAUUGACUAUUCAGCAUUAUUUGUUCAACUUUCCGGAACAUUUCCAACAUUAUAUCGAUGCGUGAGUUGUCAUAAAACGGUGUCUAAUCGAUGGCACCAUGCAAAUAUACAUCGUCCACAAAAGCAUGAAUGUCCUGAUUGUCAUCAAAUCUUUACGCGACGUGAUAACAUGAAAGCACAUCGCUCGAAGGCCUGGCAUAUGCGUUUAACAUUUGAACGAUUAUCGGGAGGAUGCAAUCUUCAUCGCUGUAAGCUUUGUGGAAAAGUUGUGACGCAUAUUCGUAAUCAUUAUCAUGUACACUUUCCUGGACGGUUUGAAUGCCCAUUAUGUAGAGCUACAUACACGAGAAGUGAUAAUUUACGGACACAUUGUAAAUUCAAACAUCCAAUGUUCAAUCCAGAUACAAGAAAAUUUGAAAAUUUAAUGAACUCAUCAAUUGCAUCACAAACGGCAGCGAUAGCGGCAAUUGCAGCUGCUAAUUCUCUCAAUGCUGCCGCAUCACUUAAUUCGGUCGCACAAUCUCAAAAUAUAAUGCCUGAAUGAUAUAACAGAACACAUUGGAAUCAUUUCCCAGACAAUAAUUCAUCCAACGAGGCGAUGCAUCCGUCACAUUUCUAUAUGGAUGAACAAAUGAAUGGCGGAUGUCCACCCUUGGCGGAUCUAAUGUUUGAUUUCUUUCGAACUUCAUGUACCGGUUGAGAUUUGAAUAUGAAAUCGAACCUUAGUUAUUGUCGACUGGGAUUGAUUUAUGGAAAUGUAAACAAGCACAAACAGAACUGUAAAAUAAGUUAAAAAUUAAUGAGAAUUUCAUUGGAAUCUCGUGGGAUGUUGAUGAUGAUGAUAAUGAUGAUGACGAUGGUGUUGAUGAUAAUUGAAGCUGUUAAUAAGUUAAUUCACCAGCAUUUAUUUAGAUUUAGUGAAUUUACAUUAAGUGGAUGUUUUGGUCCUGAUAUUAAGUCAUGAUUCAUACUUAGUAAAUUCUUUAUGAAUUUCUACCAGAACUUCAUGAACUUUUUGAGGUUAUCUCAUGCCAAUAUCACUGCCAAACACCAUUAAGUGGCUAUUUGUCUUUUUUAAUUCAUUUUUUCUUUUCAAAUUAUAUUUUUUUAUACAUUUAUUUAACUGAAAAGAGAAUUUUAUUUAAUCGUAUACACGAAGAACCUACAAAACAUUUUUUUUAAUUUAUGAUUUUUCCAAUCAAUUUCCGUUCAUAUUUUUAUUUUGUUACGUAAGAAAACAAUUUUCCAAUCUCCAAUAGUUACAAAUUACUAAUUUACAUAAGAUUAAUGAUAACUGUUGAACGACUAAUAAGAAACAAUUUUGCAGUCAAAUUGAUGAUAUUUCUGAGAAGUUUUAGUUUAAAACUUGAAUGUGAUGAAUGAUUGAUUAAGAUUGUUAAAGCAUUUUAAUCAUUCGUUCGCUGAAGCUUGAUAUUAUGGGGUAAAUUGAUGAAUUUCGUGAAUAUUUUGGUUAUAAUUCUUAUUGAUUUGAUUUGGUUGAAUU